AUGGCUCAAUUUGUAACUCAUAUACAACCGACUUUAUUAGAGGCAUCCCAGGGCCAUGUACCGCAUCAUCAUGCCCAUCAAGUGGGACUCCAGCAUACAUCUCAUUUGCCACACAGUGGCCAUAAUAUGCCAUCGCCACCAACAGCUCAUAAUCACCAACAUCAACACCAACAUCAACAUCAUCAUCAGCAGCAGCAACAGCAGCAUCAUCACCAGCAACAACAGCAGUCAUCAGCACAUCAUACUCACCACCAGAGUCCACCAUCACAGGUCUCAUCACCUCCAGCCGCGGGAGGCCAUUAUUCACAUCAUCAUCAUCAUCAACAGCAGCAUCAGCAGCAACCACAACAACAGCAGCAAAGUGUUCAUCACCAUGGCCAAGGAAAGCACACGGCGACUGGCGGCGUGGGCAAACAUGAACACUGUCCAACUGGCCACCAGAGUUCGGUAACAGCCAUUUAUUUCCAACAUUCAUUUGAAAACAAUUCUCAAUCUGUAUGCUGA